GCUCGCCAACGCCGCCGGUGUUCUUGUCAUAACGCACUCUAGUUUCUGCAGAUUACUCUUUUUACCUGAAUAGGUAUUUUAUUUGGUCAUAAUUUAAACAAAGAAUUGUUAAAUAAACGCAACAAAAUGUCUAAUAAUUCCAAUUUAUCUGUCGCUGUGGUUUGUUCCUCAAACAUGAAUCGUUCAAUGGAGGCACACAAUUUUCUAGCGAAAAAGGGCUACAAUGUGCGCUCCUUUGGCACAGGUGAACGUGUAAAGCUCCCAGGCACAGCAAUUGACAAGCCUAAUAUUUAUGAAUUUGGUACGCCUUAUGACAUGAUCUACCAGGAUCUUCUUACAAAGGAUAAACAAUAUUAUACACAAAAUGGGCUUCUACAUAUGCUGGACCGCAAUCGGAGAAUUAAAAAGUGUCCAGAGCGUUUUCAGGAGUGCAAAGAACAAUUCGAUAUCAUUGUGACAGUGGAAGAGCGUGUUUACGAUCAAGUGCUCGAACACAUGGAAUCGUGUGAUCCUACCGAUAAUCGACCUGUGCACAUAUUCAACGUGGAUAUUGAGGACAAUCACGAAGAGGCGUUAAUGGGCGCUUUUCUCAUAACGGAUAUGAUAAAUAUGAUGGCUAAAUCGAAUGACCUGGACAAUGAUAUUGACGAGCUGCUGCAAGAAUUCGAAUCUCGGCGCAACAAAACUGUUCUGCAUUCGGUACUCUUUUACUGACAAUUGUUCAAACUGUAGACGGAAAUAAAAAAAAAAAACGAG